UAUUGAAGGUGUUUAUGCACCAAUAAAUAAAAACUGAACAAUAACGAAUAUUGAGUGAGGAUAAAGGGUGUUCCAAAAGAUAAUAUACAUUUUGGGGAACUGACAAAAAUGUUUCAGAGAGACAAACAUCGAAGGAGUUUACUCUCCAGUAGAGGGCACCAACUACCGAGAAUCCCUCCAGCGAAGAAGACAUCAGUAGCCAGCUGACUGGAGCUCCAUUGGUAAUCCUGGAGACUUGACUUUGAUGUAAUGCGUGCUCCUCUGCGCUGGGUACUGUGGGAUGUGAAAGACACCCUGCUGAAGGUGCGAGCCUCUGUGGGAGAGCAGUACUGCAAGGAAGCUGAGCGAAUGGGCUUGAACUUCAGUCCUGUGGAGGUUGAAGCUGCUUUCCUCCAAGCAUAUAAACAUCAGUCCAGUAGAUACCCAAACUACGGCGUCACUCAGGGCCUGGAUGGCCGGGCUUGGUGGAUGGAGGUGGUCCAGGGCACGUUCUCCCGGUGCAGAGUACAGGACCCAGCCCUGCUAAAUACUAUGGCUCAGAACCUUUAUCAAAACUUCUGUCAUGCAGAUAAUUGGGAGGUAUUUUCAGACUCAGAAAAGGCCCUCCAGAGCUGUUCCUCUCUGGGACUGAAGCAUGGUGUGGUAUCAAACUUCGAUCGCCGCCUAGAAGAGAUUUUACAUGCUUGUGGCCUGCUGUCUCACUUCAGCUUUCUGAUCACAUCAGAGGAAGCCGGUAUAGCGAAGCCAAGUCCUGUCAUCUUUGAUCUGGCACUGCAGAAAUGUGGUGUACCAGCUGCUUGUGUAGCCCACAUAGGGGACCACUUGGAGAAAGAUUACCUUGCAUCUCGCUCUGUGGGCAUUCACGGCUUCCUUUUGGACAGACAUAACAAGUACAACCACUCUGUUGUUCCUCCAGAGCAUCGACUGGACUCCCUGGAGAAGCUGCCAUCACGGCUUCAGCAGCACAUGAACUAAUGCCAGACAUAUUAGCUCAUGGGCAAAGUUACUCAGCCAAACUGUGCUUCAGUUAAGGAACCAAUUUCAGCUAAUGUUGAACUAAGUGAGCUGUGCCACUUUGGAGAUUUUUACUUGUUUAACAAAAAAAGGCCUCUGACAGAAAAAAGAAUAUCAUGGGUUGUAACACUGGAAAUACUGUAAUUAUCAUGCAAUUUUACUGUAAAUAAACUGGGAUCAACAUCUA